ACAAAUAUGGCGGGACUCUUGUUGUAGGCACAUGUGUACGAGAAAUCGCUACCCGGAAAUAUGAAUGAAAUGUAUUUAACGCGCCAAAAAUAACGUCAUUUUGUGUUACACAUUACUGGUGUAUAAUACUUUGAUCUGUGGAGAAUAUUGUGAAGUGAUACUUUCAUCAAUAUCCGAGCCGUGGGUGUGAGCCAGUGACAAUAGUACGCGCCAUUAAUCAUCAGCACGUGUAAAUGUGUGGAAACUCGAAAGAAAAAUCAUCAGCGAUGACAUCAGAAAAACCUCCAUUACCUGCUGAUGAUAACCAGCUGGAGGAGGCUGACCUGGGUUCAGGGACCGAGCCGGGGGUCCCAGUGGAGAUAGCCAGAGACGGUUGGGACAGUAAAGUGGAAUAUUUCCUUGCUCAGGUCGGAUUCAGUGUGGGGUUAGGAAAUGUUUGGAGGUUCCCGUACCUUUGCCACCAGAAUGGAGGAGGAGCUUUCAUUUUGCUCUAUGUGGUGUUGAUGGUGGUGGUUGGCGUGCCGUUGUUUUUUCUGGAGUUGGCCGCAGGGCAGAGCAUCAGACAGGGCAGUAUUGGCGUCUGGAGACACAUUUCUCCCAAACUUGUUGGCAUUGGAUACUCCAGCUGUGUGGUGUGUUCCUUUGUGGCGCUGUAUUACAAUGUAAUCAUUGGUUGGAGUAUCUUUUACCUCGGAAGUUCUUUUCGGAAUCCUCUACCUUGGCAAGAGUGUCCAAAAGAAGGGAACGUCACUGUGAAAGAAUGUGAGGCCAGCUCUCCAACGUCAUAUUUUUGGUACCGUAAGGCUCUGGAUAUCACUGAUUCUAUUGAUGAAACGGGCGGGUUUAACCUCAUCCUCACUGGAUGCCUGCUGGCCGCUUGGGUCUUGGUUUGCCUGGGAAUGUACAAGGGCAUUAAAUCUACCGGCAAGGUGAUGUAUUUCUCCUCCGUGUUUCCAUACGUGGUGCUGCUGUGUUUCCUGAUCAGAGGGUUAACGCUGGACGGGGCAUCAGAGGGCGUUAAAUUCAUGUUUUACCCCCGACUGGAGAUCUGGGGUGACGUUCAGGUGUGGCGUCAGGCCGCGACUCAGGUCUUCUUUGCUCUGGGUUUGGGUUUCGGUUCUGUGAUCGCGUAUUCAUCGUACAACCCGAAGAACAACAACUGCCACCGCGACGCCUUCACAGUGUCCAGUGUCAAUUUCAUGACGUCUGUUCUGGCCACACUGGUGGUGUUUGCCGUGCUAGGAUUCAGAGCCAAAACAAUCGCCACAGAUUGUGCCCAAAGAAAUAUAAGAGCCGUGAUUAAGUCGAUGUCUGCCUCCUCCCUCUCCGAUCUUCACAUCAAUGCAUCGGCUGUGGAGAACAUCACACUUCCACAGUAUGAAAUCUGGUACAGAGAUCAGGGUCAACAGUUCAACGUCUCCUCCUGCAGUCUGAAGGAUGAAAUGAAGAAGGGUGUCGAGGGAACGGGUCUGGCGUUCAUCGCGUUUACCGAAGCGAUGACGUUGUUUCCUGGCAGUCCAUUCUGGUCGGCACUUUUCUUCCUAAUGCUGCUCAAUUUGGGUUUGUCCACCAUGUUUGGAAAUAUGGCUGGAAUUAUGACCCCAUUAACAGACACUUUUAAGACGCUACGCAAACGCAAGCUGCUCUUUACAGUGUGUAGCUGUACAUUGGGCUUUUUGAUUGGUCUGAUAUUCACUCAGCGCUCUGGGAACUACUUUGUAAUGAUGUUUGAUGAUUAUUCUGCCACUCUUCCUCUCAUCAUCGUCGUCAUCUUUCAGACCAUCAGUGUUGCCUGGGUGUAUGGAGCAGACAGGUUUUUAGAGGAUUUAAAGCAGAUGUUGGGCCGUCCAAUUCCAGUGGUGUACAAGUAUCUUUGGAAGUACGUGUGUCCGGUUGCCAUGCUGGGACUUUUGGGUGCCAGUCUGCUUAAGAUGGUCUUAAAGCGGCCCACGUACACUGCUUGGAAUAAAGAAAAGGGGUCUGAGGAACAUCUACCCUAUCCUGAUUGGGCGCUCGCUGUCCUGUCGAUUCUCAUUAUUGUUGCAUCACUUCCUGUUCCUCUUGGAUAUUUACAUUUCAUUCUGUCAAAACGACUCGGUCAGUCCACUUCAGAUGCCGAGACAGGAUACAUGCCCUGUGCCACCACAGAUACGGACCUGACCCCACUCGGCACAUCUGCACUUUUGGUAGGUAACCCAAAUUUGCGUUUGGCUGAGGAAAACACUAGAUUUCUUUCUCAAAACGGACACGUGGAAAGUAUGGAAUUAAGUGCGUUAUGAGAGCGAGCAAAACCAAAUGUGAAAGUUACAAACAAGUUUACAAACAUCUUGGAUGGAUCCAUUUUACUGAAAGUAUCAAUGCCAUGGAUUAAUUUUGAUACUUGCCGUUCAAAACAGACAUUUAAACAUGUAAACAUGGGAACAAUAAUUGUUUUUAAUGAACAGUUUGUGCACAAAAUGAAAUGUUUGUCACCCUGGUUGUGUUUUAUGGAAAACAUAAGAGAGAUGUAUCAGUAUGUCUGUUGUUUUUGCUUUAAAUUUGGAAAUCUGACAUCCAUGAUAAUACACAACAGUGUAUUUGUUUACAUACAGGAUUGCAACUACAUUUUCGGUGACAGAUUUUUUGUUUUCUGGGGUCUUUGCCUUCAAAAGUUAAAACAAUUACCUGCUUCAGGUAGGACCAAAUAAACAUCUUAACAACUUGGGCACACUAUGGUCUGAUAGUCAUGCGCUAUUGGUCUUUUCUCUUGUGUAAAAGUGUUUUUUUGAUAGAGAAACUCAUUGCAUUAUUGUGAAUAUGAAACGGAGACCAACAUGGUUGUUCCUAAAAUUAAUAUAUAGUAUUCAGUGCCGUUAUUUAAAUGAGUUUGUAAUUUAAACAUUGUAAAUUAUCUUUAUUCUACAAAACUUUAUUAUCAAAUAUUUGGUAAAAAAGAAAUCUACAGCUGUUAAACGAUAACUUGCGUGAGACAUAAAUCUCAAACAUCAGGGCUCAGGUCAAAAACUACAGUCUUUCGUAACAAAUGUCAAGAUAUGUAUGGUUAUAUAACAAACGAAAAAAUAGUUUGCACUUGUUUAAAGUUUUGGGGUAAAAUAUGCCUGUAUGUUUCUUUGUUAGAUCAACAAAAUGUGUAUUAUGUUUUUAUGUGUAUUGAUUUUGUUUAUAUUCUGUAACAUUUUUGCCCGGUUUCACAGACAAGGGUUAAAGUUGGUCCCAGACUAAAAUUUUAUGUUUGAGCUGUCUUAUCUGAAAAUAACUUGCCCUGAUAAAUCUUAAAAUAUGUCUCAAGAUGCUCACUGGUAAUGUUUUUUUUUUUAAAUAUAGGGGACUUAAAUAUCCUAAUUUAAAUAAGAUCUAGUCCUGGCUUAAGCUAAGCCUUGUCUGUAAAACCAGGCUUUUGUUAGUCUUUGCUUUGGUAUGAACAAACAUCUGAUAUUUUCAGGGGUUUUUAUGCAUUUCCAGUUCUGUAAAUUUUUUUAAACUUUUUUUUCACUUUUGGUUUUAAUGAAGUAUUUUUUAAGUUUUCUGUGGCCUGCUGAUAAAAGCUGUUUUUAUAAAUUUCUUUUUUAUCAACCCCAAAUUAUCUCUGACAUCCAUGUUUCUAAGUGGUCUCAUCUGGCCUGUGUGUCAGACAGAUUUAUGGCUUAUAGUCAUUGUAAAUUAUGAUCUUUGCCUCUCACAGGGGUUUGACGGCUUUUCUAUGUUUUUCUUUGUGCUUGUUUAGUAGAUUGAAAUCCGUUUGUAUGUAGUUUGUUCUCUUGAGUAAUAUAUACUGUUAGUAUUUCCUCAUGUUCUUAAUCCUAGGAACUAGAAGAAGGUACACGUAAUGACUUUGACAUCACUGUUAAAUGCUGCAGUUUAUUUUCAGUAUUUCUUCCUGCUUGUCUUUUUGCUUUCCACAUGACAUUUGUGUCAUCAAGAAAACAAUACAAUUCCAACUUCUCUUUAUGUAGAUUUAGAUGUCAGAUCAUGUUAGACAAACAAGUUUUUUGGAUGGUUUUUGAAUUAUUUUGUUGUUUUGUUUGUAUGUUUACUUGACCUCAUGGAAAUUAUCUCCAUGAAGUUGGUAUAUGUAUUGAUAAUUUAUUGAUCAUUUCGUUCUUUGUAUGUACAGCGUCCCUGAGCCUGGGAAAGUUGCUUAAUAAAUAAAACACGGUAAUAAUAA